CACUGAAGGAAGCGAAGGGCGACGCGGCAAGGCCCAGGCGUUUGGCAUGUCACAAACGUGGAAUGUGGGUGCCGACUGUUGCACUUACGCGCUCGCAGCUACUUCGCGAAGCUACUUGAGACUGCCACCGCCCCUUCAGCAACGGGAGCUCAGAGCAAGGCGCGCUACAGCUGGGGCCGCCGGAAAUGUUGCCGCGCAAGCCCGCCCCUUCCGGCGGUCCAGUGCUCCGGCGGUGCCGGCUCCCGCGCAGACUGCGUUCCGGGCUCUGGGCCGCCUGUCCCGCCCUCGGCCACCGCAGCCGCAGCCACAGCCUCCCCUGCCCGGCGCCAUGGCCGCUGCGGCCGGGGACGGCGCCGUGAAGCCGCUGCAGUGCGCCAUGAAGCUGGCCAACGGGGCCAUCGAGCUGGAUACCGGCAACCGGCCCCGGGAGGCAUACACGGAAUACCUGAGGAGCGUCCACUAUAUCUCCCAGGUGCUGCUGGAAGACUCGGAAACCACCAAAGAAAGUGGGGACCCCGUGGCCCUGGACACCGCGAAGAUGCUGAAGCUGGCUGAGCAGUGCCUGGAGAGGGCCCAGUCCACGGCUGCCAAGCUCGGGAAGACGUGUCCGAAGCCAGCCACGCCUGCGGCUGCCCCUGGCCCCUCAGGUGCCAGCCGACACCGCCGGGUGUACUCAGACGAAGGCGGGAAACUUUCUCCAUUUCUGCCACCCGAGAUCUUCCAGAAGCUUCAGGUGGUAGAGUCACAAAGUUCCAAGAAGGAGCUGACACCUCUGGAGGAGGCCUCUCUGCAGAAUCAGAAGCUGAAGGCCGCCUACGAGGCCCGGAUGGCCCGACUGGACCCCAGCCAGGCCAUGCAGAAGACGUCCCUGACCCUGUCCCUGCAGCGGCAGGUCAUGGAGAACCUUGUGAUCGCCAAAGCCCGGGAGGAGACCCUGCAGAGGAAGAUGGAGGAGCGCCGGCUGCGGCUCCAGGAAGCGGCCGACAGGAGGUUCUGCAGUCAGGUCGCCCUGACCCCGGAGGAGCGGGAGCAGCGGGCCCUCUAUGCCGCCAUCCUGGAGUACGAGCAAGACCAUGACUGGCCAAAGCACUGGAGAGCCCAGCUCAAGAAGAGCCCAGGGGACCUGUCGCUAGUGACCAGCCUGGUCUCCCACCUGCUCAGCGUUCCCGACCACCCCAUCUCGCAGCUCCUAAAGAAGCUCCAGUGUGCGGUGUACCGGGCGCUCUACCCCGUCGUGAGCAGGGGCGCCGUGGGCACCGCCUCCGCCCCCGGCGGCUGCUCCUUGUCCCCGGAGGCCGAUGGGCUGCGGGCUCCUGGGAGCCGGCGGCUGCGGCCCUCGCAGAGUCUCUACUGCGUGCUCUCCCCCGGGGAUCCCAGCCCAGCCCCUCGGCCUGUGGAUGGCACCCGGGCCAGCCCCCCCACCCCCCCACCGCACCCCGGCCCCCCAGAGGGAGGGCCCAACGGCAGCCCCGGCGGGCCCUCCUCGCCCCUGGCACACACCGCGACAGGCGCACAGAGCAAACACAGCUCCUUCGAAGACCUCGAACACCUCCUGGCCACUUCAGAGAGCUGGGGCCGGGGGCGGGGGAGGCCACCCGAGCUCCAGGCCUCCGGCAUGAAGACAGAGCCGUUGUCAGAGCAGCUGAAGAGCACCGUGAAGGACAUACACAACGCCAUCGACAGGCUGCUCUCGCUGACUCUUCUGGCUUUCGAAGGCCUGAACGUGGCCGCCUCCAAGGACCGGUGCCUGGCCUGCAUCGAAGAGCCUUUCUUCUCCCCGCUCUGGCCCUUGCUGCUGGCGCUCUAUAGGAGCGUGCACCGCCUCAGGGAGGCCGCCCUGAGCCGCAGCAUGGAGCUCUACCGGAACGCGCCCCCCUCAGCCAUCGGCAUCCCCGCGAAGCUCCUCCCCAGGGACCUGGAGGCCAAGGGCACCUACCCCUACUGUGCUGCGGCCCAGGAGCUGGGGCUGCUGGUCCUAGAGAGCUGCCCACAGAAGAAGCUGGAGUGCGUCGUGCGGGUCCUGCGGGUCAUCUGUGCCUGUGCCGAGGAGUACUACCGCGCCCAGGAGGCAGCGUCGGAAGCCAGACCCCAGCUUGGUGCCGCAGCCAUCGGUGCCGACGACCUGCUGCCCAUCUUGUCCUUUGUGGUGCUGAGAAGCGGUCUCCCCCAGCUGGUGUCAGAGUGCGCGGCCCUGGAGGAGUUCAUCCAUGAGGGGUACCUGAUUGGAGAGGAGGGUUACUGCCUGACAUCACUACAGAGUGCCCUGAGCUACGUGGAGCUGCUUCCCCGGGGGGCCCUGGGCAAGUAGCGGAGGACAGAGCCUGCGUGGACCAUCCAGGAGUUACCUGCGGGAGCGGGCAGGUCUCGGCAGCUCACACACUAUGCCCUGAGCUGACAUCGGACCCCAGGGGCUUGAGGAGGCCCCUCUGCUCUUCAGGUAGAGCUGAGCUGAAUCAGCUCCUAGGAACUAGGCCCUUCUCUUUCCUCAGUCUGCGGGGAGCUGUGGACUCCCCUGGGGGCCUAUACACCCUCAAAGACCCAGCAACUCAAGGGUAGGGAGGGGGCCACAGGACUAGCAGAGGGCAGGUCUGCUUUCUCUCCCUUCCCGUCUCCGGCCCGUUUCUUGUUAGAGUCAAGAAGAGAGCACCCUCAUCUCCUGCCUCUGAGGCCUGGUGCCCGGGGGCUUAAACUAUACUGUUUACUUACUGGGCUGACUACGCCACUCUCCUCUCGAGCCCAUGCAACCCUGGGGCACCCACCCACGUCUGGGGCCUCUGAGCCGCGCCCACCCAUGGCCGUAGGCAUUGGACACCCUGGGGUCUCUGGCUGACUCCCACCCCCGCAUGUCCCUUUCUGGGUCAGGGUGCACCUGAGGGUCAGUGCGUGCCUCAGCACAGUGUCCACUCUGACUGUUGUGGCCCUGGGCAGCCUUGACACAGCCAGAAAUAAAGAGGUCACCGAUCUCUCUCUG